UAUAUUCUCUUUGCUCCAUAAAAACAGAGAGAACAAAAAAAACAGAGGAGACUUAUUAGAGAUCUCAUGGCGAUGGCUAUCUCCGGAGCUGUGCUCAGUGGGCUUGGUUCUUCCUUCCUCACCGGAGGCAAGAGAAGUGCCACGGCACUGGGGAGCGGUGUAGGUACUGGAGCUGCGAGAGUUGGCCGGAAAACUCUGAUUGUCGCUGCAGCAGCUGCUUCUCAGCCCAAGAAGUCGUGGAUCCCCGCCGUUAAAGGUGGCGGCAACUUCCUCGACCCUGAAUGGCUCGAUGGCUCGCUACCCGGAGAUUUCGGGUUCGACCCAUUGGGUUUGGGGAAAGACCCGGCUUUUCUUAAAUGGUACAGAGAAGCAGAGCUGAUACACGGCCGGUGGGCGAUGGCUGCUGUUCUUGGGAUCUUCGUUGGUCAGGCUUGGAGCGGCGUGCCAUGGUUCGAAGCCGGAGCUGAUCCACGUGCCAUCGCACCCUUCUCUUUCGGUUCGCUUCUCGGGACCCAACUGCUUCUCAUGGGUUGGGUGGAGAGCAAACGGUGGGUCGACUUCUUCAACCCUGAUUCUCAGUCCGUUGAGUGGGCGACGCCUUGGUCGAGGACCGCCGAGAACUUCGCAAACUACACAGGAGAUCAAGGGUACCCAGGAGGGAGGUUCUUUGAUCCGUUGGGUCUAGCCGGGAAGACACGGGACGGUGUUUACGAGCCAGACAGAGAGAAGCUGGAGCGGCUGAAACUUGCGGAGAUUAAGCACUCUAGGCUCGCGAUGCUUGCAAUGCUGAUCUUUUACUUUGAGGCCGGGCAGGGUAAAACGCCUCUUGGUGCACUUGGUUUGUGAGAACUAUGGUCUUAGAGUCUGUAGAUAUAAUUACUUAUGAUGCUGUUCUUCAAAAAUAUCAGAUCAUUGCUUUGAAGUGGCAAUCAAAUCAUGAGUUCAGCUUGUGAACAAUGUGAAAUUAAUAAUUAUAUCAUGAAAAGGCUUAUUAGUAUAUAA